AUGAAGCUUACCUUAAUACUGGGAUCUUCAAACCAUACUUGGCAGCCCGUCAUGACUGCCGAUACUACUGAUCCAAGUUACUGGUUGAACUGGAGGUUCCUCAUCUGUGCAAUAUGGAUCGCAUCUACCAUGGUUGUAGCCUCAAUUCUUAUAUGGAAAUAUGAAGGUUUCAACAAACUUAGAACGAACGGGAGGGCAGCUCAGCGAGAAACAGUAGGGUCUUUGCAUGAGGAUGAAGCCUGGAAGACAUGCCUUAAAGGAAUACAUCCCAAUUGGUUACUUGCUUAUAGAAUAAUUGCUUUCAUUGUGAUGUUGUGCUUGAUAGUUGCCAAUGUUGCUCUUGAUGGAUUCGGCAUCUUUUACUUUUAUACACAGUGGACAUUUACUUUGGUCACCUUUUAUUUUGGGCUGGCAUCUUCGCUCUCUCUUCGUGGAAUUUGCAAGUAUCGCAAUAGAGUUGGCGAGGAUGAAGAACGAGGUACUUAUGUUGCUCCAACACUUGCGGAGAAUAGUAAUCCAUCCAAUGCAUCUAAAAGUUUAACUGCCAAGGAAUAUCAUGGCUGUGAAGGCGCAGGUGCAUGCGUUUAUAUAUUUCAGAUUAUUUAUCAGAUGUGUGGAGGUGCUGUUGCGCUCACUGAUUGCAUAUUUUGGCUCGUUCUGUAUCCAUUUCUAACAGCCGCAGAUUACAAACUGAAUUUUAUGAUUGUCAGUAUGCAUUCAAUCAAUGCUGUUUUCCUCCUUGGCGAGGCAUUGUUGAAUUGUAUGCGGUUUCCAUUGUUUCGAAUCGCUUACUUUGUGCUAUGGACGGGAAUAUUCGUGAUAUUUCAGUGGAUAUUACAUGCUUGCAAAUCUAUGUGGUGGCCCUAUCCAUUUCUUGACUUGUCAUCCUCAUAUGCUCCUUUAUGGUAUCUUGGGGUUGGAUUGAUGCAUAUCCCAUGCUACGGUGUCUUUGCUUUAAUAAUUAGGAUGAAGCAGCUUUUGUUGUCAAGAGCAUUCCCGGAUUCUUAUCAGAAUUGA